AUGGCUGCCAGUAGAAAAGAACGCAAGACGAAAGCAACAGGUAGCUGGAGAGAGAUGCUAAUGAUAGUACUAGUAACGCUAAUCACCAUCGCAGCACUGCUGCAACCUGCGGUGGCGGUGGCGGCGCCUCCGCCGCCGUCGCAAGGGAUGCCCGGCUGCAACACCACCUGCGGAAACGUCACGGUGCCAUACCCGUUCGGCAUGGGGCCGCCGCGCUGCUACCUGCCAGGGUUCAACCUCACCUGCGACGACAGCCUCAACCUGCUCACCGGCCGCCAUGACCGUGGCGGGAGGAUGCUUGUCGUGGGCAUCUUCCUGGAGAACAGCACGGUACGCGUCAUGAGGAAGAGUCAAGGCACGGUGAACCUCACCAGCUCCGGCCGGCGCUUCCGGUGGAGGCUCAUGGAGGGAGGGCCGUACUCCCUGGCGGCGGCGAACGAGUUCAUCGUCACGGGGUGCAACGUGGACGCGACGCUGGUCGACAGCAGAAGCGGCGGCAACGCCAGCUCCUGCGCCUCCUUCUGCAUGGGCGACAACCCCUGGCGAGAGAACAUGACCCGGUGCAGCCUCGGCACCUGCAGCGCGACCAUCGCCUCCACGGGCCACACGUCCUACGACGUGAGGCUCCGGCCCGUCGUCGAUGAGGACGCCGGCGUCCAGGGCGUCCUGAACCGCUUGCCCAUGCACGCGCUCAUCGCCGAGAAGGGCUGGCUGGGCGUGAACAAUGCCUUCAACCUGCUGCUGGGGCUCGAUCAGCUCUUCCCCACGGUUCUCGACUGGGCGUGCGCGGCCGACGACGUGUGCAAAAGUGCGCACAGCGUCCGGAACAGCAGUGGAAGAGGCUACACGUGCCAGUGCCAGCCCGGCUACGAGGGAAACCCGUACCUCACCGGCGGAUGCCAAGAUAUCAAUGAGUGCAUGAUGCCAAACCUCCAUCAGUGUUAUGGCGUGUGCACCAAUACGCUCGGUUCUUUUCAGUGUAGGUGCCCACGAGGAUUUCAAGGCAACGUUAACUUACCAAAUGGAUGCAUCAAGUCUGUGAACACAGGUUUAAUCAUUGGUCUAUCAGUUGCCAGUGCCCCGUGUCUGAUGCUUUUGACUCUUUGUGCAUUCUUAAUAAUUCGCAAGGUUAACCAUCAAAAGGCAAAAAGGCUAAAGGAAAAGUUUUUUCAUCAGAAUCGUGGGCAACUGCUGCAACAGUUGAUAUCUCAUAAGUCAGACAUUGCUGAGAGAAUGAUUAUUCCCUUACACGAGCUAGAAAAGGCCACAAACAACUUUGAUCAAACUCGUAAGCUGGGUGGUGGAGGGCAUGGUACUGUAUACAAAGGGAUUCUAUCAGACUUGCAUGUUGUAGCCAUUAAAAAGUCAAAGAUUGUGGUCAAGAAAGAAAUCGAUGAGUUCAUAAAUGAAGUUGCAAUACUAUCACACAUCAACCAUAGAAACAUUGUAAAGCUUUUUGGGUGUUGUCUUGAGACAGAAGUCCCUUUGUUGGCAUAUGAGUUCAUUUCUAAUGGAACUCUAAGUGAUUAUCUUCACAAGGAACCACCAAGUCCAAUACCUUGGGAAGACAGAUUAAGGAUUGCAGCAGAAAUUGCCAAAGCUCUUGCUUACCUUCACUCAGCUAUUUCUGUACCCAUAAUACAUAGAGAUAUCAAGUCUGCCAAUAUACUCCUUGAUGAUGCCCUAACAAGCAAGGUGUCUGAUUUUGGAGCCUCAAGGUACAUUCCUAGUGAUCGGACAGGCAUAACAACAGUGGUUCAAGGAACAAUAGGAUAUUUAGAUCCUAUGUACUAUUACACGGGACGCCUUACAGAAUAUAGUGACAUUUAUAGUUUCGGAGUAAUUCUUGUUGAAUUGCUUACUCGAAAGGAGCCAGUUACAUAUAGGUCUUCAGAUGGCGAUGGGCUUGUUACACAUUUUGUUGAACUACUUGCAGCAGAUAAUCUGGUUCAAAUACUAGAUCCACAGGUUGUGGAUGAGGGAGGUAGCCAAGUUAAAGAAGUAGCUUAUCUAGCUGCAUCAUGCAUAAAACUAAGAGCAGAAGAGCGACCAACCAUGAGGCAAGUAGAGAUGACACUUGAAGGCCUACAAGCACCUAAGGAGCGUGUUCUUGAUUAUUUGAUAGCAAAAAAAUUUCAACAUAGUUAUUCUGAAAUGAGUUUAGAAGAAGAGUCAUUUAUCUUGUCCGGGAGUUACCCUCAACCGACAUGCGAUGAGUCCAUUGUUAGUUAG